CCCACACAAUUGAGGAAGAAGCUUCUUCGUUUUCUAGAAACCCCACGUGGGCAAUCCCCCUCUGAGGGUUCUCCGUCGAUGAAUAAGGCGCCUUGUCCAUGUACACAACCAAAUGCUGGUUGGAGAGACCGCUAUUGUUGAGGAGGUAGCAACUGGAAAACGAUAAAAGGGACCUGCCAGUGGACACUUCGCACCCCAAUCAACUCACUUUUCCUUCUACUCUUCACGGUUCCGAGUUUGCCAAACCACAGACGGAACUUCGUUAUACCCACUAAUCAUCAUCUCAACACCCUCAACCAUGGCACAUCAAUAUCAGGACGUUGCGUUGUCUCCUGUCGCGAAUCAGAAGGAAGGCAUGGAGAGGGAAAUCGAUGCGUAUGCUGAACAUAUUCGAAACAUGCUAGCAGACGUCGAGGCGCUCAGGCCGAAGUACAUCCCAAUCACAAAGGACAACUUCUUCGAGAAUCUUCAAGACGGGGCCGUGCUCGCAUACAUUGUGAACACUAUCAAGCCCAAAACCAUCAACAUCGCAAAGAUCAACACCUCUAUCGACCCGGCGCAUUUGAACUCCUCCGCUGCAACCAAGGGCAACACGAGCGCGACACCGGAGCAGACAAAGGGGCUCUUUGAAGCUACCAACAACCUGAACAUAGUGAUUGAAGCCGCCAAAAACGUCGCGGUGGUGGUGAACGUCGCCGCGGAAGAUUUCCUGCGCAAAAAGCCUGAUCUUGUCCUCGGAAUCAUCUGGCAGCUUAUUCGCGCACAUCUCCUCAGCGAUAUCAAUGUGCCUUCCCAUCCGGAACUGAUCAGGCUGCUGCAGCCAGGUGAGAGUCUGACGCAGCUGAUGGCGUUCACGAACGAGCAGCUGUUGUUGAGGUGGUUCAACUACCACCUCGAAAGGGCCGGGACGGAUAAACGAGUCGCGAACUUUGGGAAGGAUGUUUCGGAUAGUCAUGCGUACAUGCUGCUUCUCCAGCAAGUCGCCCCGACAAACAAGCGCAAUACCAUCGUGGACGCCCUGAACGCCGCGUUCGCGCUGCCUGCAGAUGACAAGGAGGCCCGCGCACGAGCCCUGCUGGACGCCGCGGAGACACUAGGUUGCCGUCGCUUCGUAACCGCCUCCGACGUCGCGCACGGCCACGCACGUCUUAACCUCGCCUUCGCCGCAACCAUCUUCGACCGGCACAUCGGCAUCCACCUCCCGAGCGAAGAAGAAGCCCGAGCCCUCCUCGACCGCAACAUGACCCUCGAAGCCGACAACGCCAUCCUCCGCUCCAAAGUCAUCGAGCUGGAAAAAUCCGUGUUUGCGCUCUCCCAGGAAGUCGACGUGCAGAAGAACUUGUACGAGGAUACGGUCCGCUCCUUUGAAUCAAAACUGGCCACCGACACCACCACCUUCCAGCACUCGAUGGAGGAGCUGCGGGCGACACAGUCGAAGGAAUCGGAGAGCCACGCGUCGACUAUUUCCCAGCUGCAGAACCGGUUCGAGGCGCUCAAGCAGGACCAGGCGCGGGCGGAGACGAGCCAGAACGUGUAUCGCCAGCUCGUGUCGGAUCGGUUGGGGGCUGUGCGGUCGAUGCUACAGGAUCAUAUCGUUGCCGUGCGUCAGGAAGGCAGUCUGGCGGCGAAAUUGGGGUCGCAGUUGGGUGUUGUGGCGAGCCCAACACGUCAUGAUGCGCCGCCGUUGCCGCUGGCCGUUAAGGAGGCGAAGACGAUGGAGGAUGAGCUGGAGUUUUUGUCGGAGGAUUUAAAGUCGUUUGUUAAGGAGGUGUUGGAUGAAAAUAAGGAGCAGAAGAAGAUUAUUACGGUGCUUGCGACCAGGGCUGAGCAGCAUGAGAAGAUCAACUCCCUAAUGGGCGAAAAGAUCAAAUCCUACACCGAGCACGUCAUUGCGCUCAACCCGGUAAAGGAAAAGAAGCAUCACCACCACCACAAGGAGGAGAAGCAUAAGGAGGAGAAAGGCAAAAAGGAGGACCGGGAAUUCGUGAAGCUCAAGUCAUAAACGCUUCGGUUCCCUGAUGGCCACUAUUUACGAACACUGGGCCUAUUCCGUUUUCAUGACAGACUGCCACGUUGUCUUUUCCGUUUCGGUUUCAUUUUUUGGUCGGAGCACGUUAGUUGCACUUUUUUGGUUACUAUAUGGAUUGGCAUUUUGCGUGUCGCGCGAAAUAUAAUACCCACUGUUACCGCGGA